AUGGCGACCGUUCUCAACCCUCGCACGACGGAGUACGAGUUUCUGGGGCCAAUAGGCGCUCUCCUCAUCAGCGUGAGCACCCCAGUAGCGAUAUAUGCGCUAUAUUUCGGGUGCUCUGAGGUGGCUGGCGGGUGCCCAUCUCAAAUAUCCUUCGAAAGCGUUCUUCAAGCACUCUCGAGUCUCGAAUGGUGGAAGGGACUGUGGGAUACGGAGGCUACGCUGAUUUACCUGGCGUGGUAUGCGUUUUGCGUCAUUUCAUGGGCAGUCCUUCCUGGGGACGUUGUUGAGGGGACUCCCUUACGCACGGGCAAGAGGCUGAAGUACAAACUUAAUGCUUUCUCGACCCUCUUGUUGACAGUCGGCCUGACCACGGGAUGGAUCAUGGCUAAUGGACCAGAGUCGUUCACCUUCAUCUACCACAAAUGGGUUGGCCUAGUCACUGCCUUUCUCCUGCUGGCCUUCGUAGAAGCGACUUAUUGCUACAUUGGGUCCUUCCAACAAGGAAAGUUGUUGGCAUUGGGUGGCAAUACCGGAAACGUUAUCUACGAUUGGUUCAUCGGACGCGAACUAAACCCUUCGAUCGGCGUCUUCGAUAUCAAAACCUUCAAUGAACUUCGACCUGGGCUCAUACUUUGGCUCCUGAUUGACAUGAGCAUGGUUUGCGAACAAGCCACGCGUCGCGGUGGUUUCGCCAAUGUAACAGACUCAAUGUGGUUGGUCCUCCUUUUUCAAGGAGCAUAUAUCGUCGACUCUCUCUACAAUGAGGCGGCGCUCUUCACUACGAUGGACGUUAUAACAGAUGGCUUCGGAUUUAUGCUGGCUUUCGCCAUCGGUUUUGUCCCCUUCACAUACAGCCUCCAAGCACGCUACCUCGUGUUCCACCCGGUCGAUCUCGGCUAUCUCGGGGUCAUCGGUGUGGUCCUGGUCAACUUCGUGGGAUAUUACAUCUUCCGCACGGCCAACGCCGAAAAGAACGAUUUCCGCAAUGGCCAGAACCCGAAGAACCUUAAGUUCAUGACCACCGCCAGAGGGUCGAAACUCUUGACUUCUGGAUGGUGGGGUCGUUCUCGUCACCCUAAUUACCUGGGUGACCUUCUAAUGGGUCUCGCCUGGUGUCUCACUACUGGCUUCGAAACACCUAUCACAUAUUAUUAUAUCGUGUUUUUCACCAUCCUUCUUAUCCACAGACAACGCCGUGAUGAUGAAGCCUGCUACAAAAAGUAUGGCGCCGAUUGGGUGAAGUACACGAAACUGGUUCCCUACCGCAUUAUACCAUAUGUUUAUUAG